AUGGACGGUCACAACCGCCCCAAGGCAAAGAAGCGCAAGCUCUCCACCAACCCCACCUCCUCAACCGACGAGGACAGCAUCGUCGACGACCGACAGUGGACGAAGGGCGAGUUCACGCUCAUCAGCUCGGACAACGUGCGCUUCCGCGUGCCGGCGAACGACCUCUUCUCAGCGAGCGCGUGGUUCCGCGACGCGCAGGACAUGUGUGCGGGCGCCUCAGUGCUCCACUUCGCCGACGCCGACUUUGAGACGGCGCGCACGGUGCGCGACUUUCUCGCCCUCGUCCUCCAGUCCGAGUUCGUCCUGCCCCCCAACGCAGCCGACACGCUCGCGCGCAUGCUCGCCCUGACGGCCUUCAUGAAGAAGUACGAGUGUGCCGCGGGGCUGCGCACGCUGCUGCUCAUUUUCCUCCACCUUGCGGACGAGCUCCUGCCCGAGCCCGAGUUCAGCAACGCCACCGACCUCCACGUCGUGCACUUUGCCCUUGCGGCCGCUGCGGGCGACGUCAAGGGGUGCGUCGCGGCCAUUGAGCGCGGCGCGUCGCUCGACUUCACAGUCAAGCCGCACGACGGGCUUCUCCCGGCACGCCUGGGCGACGCGACCCGUGCGCCCAUCCCCCAGGAAAACUUUGACAGUCUGGACAAGGCUUGGCUGCGCACCGCCCGCGGGGGCAGGGACAAGCUCGCGUGGGCGUUCCACUUUGACUGGCUCAUGAAGGGGAGGUAG